AUGACAAGGAAAGAUCCGUCGUUCCAACUCUUGCCGGCGUCGAAGAACUGUUUUGGUCGAGCCUACGGAUCUCCAUUCCGCGGUUUUUCUCGCACAGACAGCUCGGCUAACGAACCUGCCCAUAUGGACCGCACCACCGGUGCCCAACACCGUGCUUCUCGGACUGUGGAAGAAUUCGCCGAUCCGUCUUUUCCUUUGCGUACCGGCCGAUUUGCUCCAGCUUUGUUGCGUCGAUCUCGGCCGCAGCAGUCAUGCCUUCUUGAAAGCAUAUGGCGGAGUCCCCUUCGUUAUUCUUUAUUCAUGCAGAGCUGCUUCGUCGCCCCACUUUUGACAGACCCGGUGCCAGAAUGA